AUGGCAACCUCUCUUCCGCCUGUGGCCGUCCCUGGCCAACGCCUGGGCUCUGUAGCCACGUACUCUGCCGGACCUGGAACACACGUGCAGCAAUCCAACAUCUAUGCCUCCAUCGCUGGUCCCGUCAUCGUCGAUCCCGCUCAACCCAAGACCCAAACAAAGUCAACCCUGCGAGUCUCGCGGGUGAUUCCUGGCGCGAAUCAGAUAGGCGCAGCUCCGUCGAAAACCUCAGCCUCUACCACGAAGUCAAGGCCCAGAUACAACACCUUGCCCGCAGUGGACUCCAUCGUCCUGGCCCGUGUCACCCGAGUUCAAAAGCGACAAGCCGCAGUCUCCAUUCUCGUUGUGCUUGACGACGCCUCCGCAGCAAACCCAGAUCCCUCGAAACUCGCUUCAGAUAACGAUAACGUCGCCUCCAUCCUGACAUCCGCCGCCAACCCGGAGAACCACAGCAACACUGACGAGCUACGCUUCCAGGCGCUGAUCCGCAAGGAAGAUGUACGUGCUGUCGAGAAGGACCGCGUUGUCAUGGAUGAGAUGUUCCGCGUCGGCGAUAUCGUUCGCGGCUCGGUCAUCUCCCUUGGUGACCAGAGUUUCUACUACAUCACCACUGCCCGCAACGACCUGGGUGUGGUGAUGGCUCGCAGCGAUGCUGGAAACAUGAUGUUCCCCAUCAGUUGGAAGGAGAUGAGGGACCCUGUCACCGGUGCCGGUGAACAAAGAAAGGUUGCUCGCCCGUUUUGA